AUGCCACAAGUUGUGAAAGGCACUCUUCUUCCUAGAGAGCUGAAUCUCAUGCCAACAGCUCAGCCUGGGAUGCCCUAUAAAAGGUGUCCCUGCCCCUGCCUCCCCACUCACUCUGGUUCUUCAGCAGAGAGCUCCUAUCUCCAACUGUCAGCAAGGUUUACUAAACUCACACAGAGAUGUCCUGCCAGCAAAGCCAGCAACAAUGCCAGGCCCCGAAGUGCCCACCCAAGUGUCCUCCCAAGUGUCAGACCCCCAAGUGUCCUCCCAAGUGCCCACCCAAGUGUCCACCCAAGUGCCCUCCCCAGGCUCCAUGCCCUCCUCCUUCUUGCUGUGGUUCUAGCUCAGGAGGAUGCUGUAGCUCUGGGGGAUGCUGUGGCUCCAGUUCUGGAGGAUGCUGCAGCUCUGGCUCUGGGGGAGGCUGCUGUCUCUUCUCCCACCAUCAUAGAAGAUCCCACAGACACAGACGCCCAAAGUCUGACUGCUGUGACAGUGGCAGUGGGCGCAGCCAGCAGUCUGGAGGCUGCUGUGGGAGCUCUGGAAGCUGCUGUGGAAGCUCUGGGGGCUGCUGUGGUGGCUCCGGGGGCUGCUGCUGAUCUGAUGCUCCAAGCCAAGAAGAGAAAAAGAGACCAUUCAUUGACUCUGCUUCCUUUUCUCCUCACUUCUUAGCCUUCUCUGUAACUGCCUGGAUUUGAAUUGUUUAGAUAUUUUUAGGGGAUGGAGAGAAUCAAGGCCUAUCAUUUUAUUUUAUCCCAAACCCCCAAAAUUCAAACCACUCUCCUCUUCCUCAUUUAUCCUAAACAACAAUAAAGUUUUGGGAUUUUGUUCUCCUCAGAGCUGCCUCCUAGUCUUUGUUCUUCACUUUAGGACUUCCUUCAAGGCUCCAUUCUUGUUAAAGGACUCACAGAUUUUCUUGAUUAAUGGCUUCAGGGACUGCUCAGGUAGUGAUUAGUGGUAGUAGGGCUGAGAGACUGGUUGGAGGUUCCCUUGGUUCAUACCCAAGGGGUCACAUACAGUGCCUGUGAAGAAAUCUAUUAAUUAUAACAACCAUCCUUCCCUGAAUGGAAAAAUGUGCCAAAGCUUGAAAUUUUAGGAUGGAAAG